AUGCACGUCAAAAAGUUAUUCCUAGCCCACUACAUUCUCGACAACUUCAUAAUCAUCUUCGUCAUCGUAGCAUCUCCAGUAACGAACUCGAUAGGUACGAUUAAUUCUGAUUCCACUAUUAAACAACUACCUCAAAAGACGAACAACGACGACUUUGACGUCGUCACGGACACCGAUGACGUCAUCAAAAACACUGAUGACGUCAUCAGUAGUAACGAGGGUGACGAAGGCUACUAUGUUGACGGUGGCAACAUCGCAAACAAAAACAUGAUCGUCAUAGUCGACGAAGAAUUUAACAACAACAACAACAACAACAACAACAACAACAACAACAAUGAUAGAAACCAAAACCAAACAACAACACCAACGCCAACUGCAGACAAUCAAUAUUCUGAAUUCGCGUUCUUCUUCAAUACAAUAGUCAUAGGGGCGGUAACGGUUCUCGGUUUAUUCGGUAAUUUAGUAUCGAUACUCGUGAUGCAGAGGGACCGACAUAACCGAGUAGCGAUAUUUCUACUACAAGUCCUAGCCCUGGCUGACAGUUUUGUUUUAGUGAUGAGCUUCUCUUUACUUACGAUUCAUUACGGUUAUUUGAAGAAAUAUUCGACCGACGUCUUCAAUAUGAUCCAGCCCUACAUGGUUGUGUUUGUAAAUCCCAUAGCUUAUAUUAGUCACUGUUUUGUUAUUUGGUUUACCGUUCUGCUGGCUUUGAACAGGUAUGCCGCUAUCUGCAAGCCCUUCCAAUCGAAAGCCUGGCUGAAACUCUCAAGUACCAGAAUCCAAGUUUUUGUUGUCUUACUAGCGUCUAUUGUUCUCAAUAUUCCACGAUUCUUCCUGUACGAGAUCAAAUACUGCUACAAUGAUGAACAGUCGAACGGUUUGAAUGUAACCGAGACCUGUUUGAAUGCAUACGAGGCUUCAAAUUUUAUGUUAAACAAUUCCAGUUAUGUACUUUAUCCGACUUAUAAGCCGGCCGCUCUCUACAACAACCGCCACUUUUACCUUUACUACUUCACGGUUUUCUACACGUCGGUGAUUCUGAUACUACCUCUCAUUUUGCUAGUCCUCUUGAACGUUCCACUCAUUAAGCAGCUGCAGGCCUCCAAAAAGCAGAUGAAGAACAACUGCCUCGUGUACGAUGGCAAGAAUGAAGACAACAUAACAUGGACGAUGAUCGUCAUCAUCCUGGAGAUGGUCGUCUGCCACACGCCUGAGAGGAUUUGCGAGAUCGCCAGGUACGCUAACACGGGCUCCCCAGUCUGGUUCCUCAUUGUUCAGAACAUCAGCAACUUCUUCGUCAUCCUCAACUCAUCGACCGACUUCAUCGUCUACUACGCCCUGCGAAAACGAUUCAGGAAGGAGUUCUGGCGAAAAAUUUACGGAUGCGCCGGGGUUGAAAAAAAUUUUUGCUCCGAUGACGACCGCAGACAGAGUCAAUCAUUUCGUCCAAGUGGCGCUAGAGGUAGCCUCAAGGGCUGCACGAACUCGCAGCCGAUGGAGCGGAACAUGGAGUUGGAUAUGUUUCAGUUCAGACGACUCAGUCAGCCGUGCAAGAUGUCCUCUAAGUUAGACUGCGACCAGGGAGAUAACAAGAUGAAAACUGCACCGAGGGCCAGUAAAAGUGACGAGGAUUUGUUGGACAGGAGAUGUCGGAACAGGUACCUGGAGUUGAAGUGGGCAACAAACUCCAACAAAGAUCAGCUCAGUAAUGAAGAGAACCAGAUGAAAGAGUUGUUGCCAACAAACUCCAACAAAGAUCAGCUCAGUAAUGAAGAGAACCAGAUGAAAGAGUUGUUGCCACAACAACAUGACCACCAACAACCACAACAACAACCACAACAGCAGCAACAACAACCACAACAGCAACAACAACAACAACAAACAACGCACUGUCAGGUUUAUCGAGAGUUAAAUUCAGAAAAAAUUAACAAAUCCAACGAAAAUAGCGAACAAAAUUCAAACAACAACUACAAGGCUCUUUACGACAACCACUUGCACAACAACGACGAACAUACGCCACUACAUCAACAACAACAACUGCAACAACAACAACAACAACACCGCAUACCACAACAGCAGCAAAAAGUGACAUUCAUUCUGGACGAAACGCCGAAAUUGAAUGGUGAUUUGCCGAAUAGACCAAACAACCAUUUGACAAAUGGCAGAAUAAAUGGAUUAUAA